UACUAAUAACAAUAGGUAUGAUGGUAAUGCAAUUUCUAUAGGAAGAUACUUCCCGUGCAAAACGUGUUAUUUUCACAUUUCAUUUAAUGGGUUGCAUGUGUCAAUUACUGAUGUUCACAUAUAGUUGCGAUUGUUUGAUGAAUGACAGUAUGAGCGUGGCUAAUGCCGUGUACAACAGCUUGUGGUUGUAUUUGCCCAUGGAUAAAUAUGGAAAGAUAUUACGUAAAGAUCUUAUGUUCGUUAUCAUGAGGUCCAGAUCACCGUGUUGCCUGACUGCUUGUGGAUUUUUCCCCGUGUCGUUGGAAACGUAUACUGGGAUCUUGAGUGUUGCAGUUUCAUGGUUUACGUCAUUGAAAAAAUAUGAAAAAAAAUUAUUACAGUAUGCAUGUAUUGCAAACCAAUCCUUCAAAGAAGAGGAAAGCAAUUUUUUAUCAUCAAAGUAGCAAUAUC